AUGAAAAUUGUUAUCAUCGGCGCCGGUAUCGCUGGAUGCGCAGCAUAUCUGGAGCUGCAAAAGCAUCUUCAAACCCCUACCGAGUCCGACGAAGAACAUGAUAUCAUGAUCUGUGAGGCCUAUAGCACAGAUUUGGAUGUUUCUGCAAAUGAAAGAAAAGAGGAACACACACAUUCCUCGACCCUUCUCGUUGGAGGUGGACUUGGCGUUGGUCCGAACGGAUUGAAUGUUCUCAGGCGCCUCGAUGAGACUUUGCUAAAAGAUGUUGUUCGCGGUGGAUAUACCAUAUCCACCUCAAACAUGAAAAGUAAGAAUGGAUGGCAGCUUGUUAAGAUGAAGAAUACUUCACUCGAUAACAACGACAACAACCCGGAAAGCAUGUGCAUGGUGGCGACCAGUCGCCAUUCGUUCUGGCAGGCCCUGCGAUCAAGGAUUCCAGACGAACACAUUAUCAACAAGAGAAUCUCGGAAGUUGUCGUCCGUACUGAAGAGAAAAACUUGAUCCAAUUCGCUGAUGGCACUCCCCCACUGGAAGCCGAUCUAGUCAUCGGUGCCGACGGUGUCCAGAGUACUGCCAAACGAGCUCUCUUUCCGGAUACCAAAGACGACCCGUAUCCUCCCCAUUAUGAGGGACUCGUCGGCGUCGGCGGAUUCAUUCCUGCCAGUGAUGUCCAAGGGCUGGUCGAGAAAGGAUCGAUGAACUUCAUAUUUGGGGGUAAUGGCUUCUUCGGAUACUUCUACUCUGAGAGUGCGAAGUCCGCAGUUAACCGCGACUCGCCAUACCACGUCUCCGAGCCCGGGGAUUCUCUCGCCUGGUGGUCGACAUACGAGAUUGAAGAAUGCCCAGAUCGUCAAACUCUCGAUAUGGCGGAUGUUACUCGGCAGCUUCGGGAGCGACAUGCAGACUGGAAGGAUCCAGUUGUUCGAAAGAUUAUUCAAUCGCUCCAUGUGGAGAACAUGUACCCAACGUGGACGUCUCCUGUGCUUCCGACAUGGGAGCGAGGUGGGGUAGUUCUUGUCGGUGAUGCAGCACAUGCGCUACCCCCAAGCUCAGGACAGGGUUCCUCUCAAGCAUUGGAGGAUGUAGAAGCAUUUGUUCUAUUUCUGGCUCACUAUCUUCGCAAGCAUGGCGCAAAUGACCAUAGUUCACCCGAGAGUCAAAAAGGGGCUAUCCGGGUUGCUGCACAGCAGUAUACGUCUCUGCGACAACCGCGAGUGAAGGAGAUUUUGGAGUUUGCCCAGAAAACUCAGAACAGAAAACGUCAAAUGGGACUGUUCCAGGAGUACUCAAUGUACACGUUUAUGAAAUUUAUCGGACUUUUCCCUAGUCUCUUGGAUAGCCAGAUUCGCAAGGUUUCAAGUUACAACAUCGCAGAGGAAGUUGCAAAGGUCCUUGUCACUGAAAAAUAA